ACAGCACCCAGCCCCACAAACGAAGCUUUCUGAGAGAUGUUGACAGCUAAUGAUUAUGGCUGAAAGUGAGACGCCCAUCAUCCCAGAGCAGCAUGCUCCCAACAGUGAGGAGAAAUCAGGAGAAGAUGAUUCAAGUUCCACACCAGAACCUAACAGCCUGUCAGACGCUCAACAAGAAGUCUUGGAGCGCUGUCUCCAUGCCCUCACCCAUGCUAAAAAUGACAGCCAUAUUCUUGCAGCACUUCUACUGAUUACACGACUGUGUCCGGCCAGUCAGCUGGAUCGAACCACCCUGCACCGAGUAUUUGAAGCGGUGGGUUUUAACUUGCCUGCACGUCUCCUGGUGACUGCAGUCCGGGGAAGCGAGACAUCUGGACUUCCACCCGAGGAGCUGCUUUCUCUUGGCACUGCGCUGCUUGCUGCUCUUAGCACAGAUGCAGAAAUGGCUGCUCAUCCCCAGCUGCUGAGCACCAUCCCUCUCCUCCUGGGCCUGUUGGAAGGUGAAGCACCAGUUAAUAAAAAACAAGCUCAACCCAGUACAAAUGCAUCUCUAACCUCGUCUACUGAGGAAAAAGGUAAAAGUGCUAAUGCUGCAUCUCCUCAGACAGAACAAAGCACCUCAGGCAAGGAUGAACCAACAGGUCAGUUUGUGUUAGGUAAUGGAGAUAAGGCAGUUCAGUCUCCUGCCUUUGCUCUGGAUGAGGCAAUCGCAGCUGACUGUUACCAGGUCUUGAACACUGUCUGUGCUUUGCCAAGGGGCCCUGAUCAGCUACUAUCCCGUGGAGCUGUGCCUGCUCUGUGCAGAGCUGUGUCUCACAAACAGACUUUGAGCCAUGAGAAAGGUCUCCCACUUCUUGCUCAUCUCCUGUCCAGCAGUAUAAGGCAGCGAGCAUGGAGUAAACACCCUUCAGAGCUCCUCUCUCUCCUUGACAGUAUAAUUCAAAACUUCAGUCAGGCUUCAGAACAGAACCUACUGGACCUUUGCACUCGGAUACCACAGUUCCUACCACCACCAGGAGGAAAGCCACAAAACCCAGAGUUCAAAGACAUGGUUGCUCGUCUUUGGGCAAAAUUGCGUUCAGUGGUUCAGGGGAAACUCAGCCCUGAGCAACUGGGACCUGUUCUGGUGCUGUCUGCUUGCCUGUUGGACUUGUGUGGCUGGGAUCCAGUGGGUCCACCAAAGAUCUGCUGCCUGCUGGUGAACCGAGCAUGUGUGGAGGUCAGAAUGUUGCUAGAGGAGCCACCAGGUACACAAAUCUCAGCUCAGCAGCAGCACACACUUACUGCCUGUUAUCGGAUCAUGGAGGCAGCCAUGGAGCAAGCCUGCAGCCCAGGAACGAAUUUCAAUCCUGCCCAGCCAAACAGCACUAGUUUAAGUCUGCAGCAGAGCAGGCAGGUGCUGGGGGUUCUGCAGGAAGCUUUCUCUGCCAUCAUUUAUUACCUGCAGCAGGUUGAUUCAAGCCUCUAUGAUGACCCUUUCCUUUUUGCAACAUUCCGUUGUAUUUGUGCCUGGCUGGCUGAGGAGACCUCCUGUCUGAAGGAGGAGAUCACUGCCCUCCUGUCCUUCCUUAUUGGCUAUACCAAACAUCAUCUACAGGAGAGAAAAGGCAAGAGGCUGGCUGACUGGAUGUCCGAGAUGUCUGUCAGUGAUGGUCCACAGGCCGGAACGUGGACAGGAGAGGAUGUUCUGAGAUAUCUCCUCCCAGCACUUUGCCAUCUUUCGGCUGAGGAAGGCCCUCGAAAAGUUCUGCUCUCUCUGAAAACACCAGCUGUACUGGUGGACUUUCUCAGUCGUGACUGGGGAGUCUUAAAGUCUCAGAGUGGUAAAACGGUUAACAGAGAUCCCAGUCUGGAAACAGCCUGUUCUGCCCUGCUCAACUUUGCAGUUACAGAGCCAGAACAUGUCAGAACUGAUGCUAGUUUUGCCUCACUUGAGGAACUACUGAGUGAAGCACUUCCGAUCCUCCUCCACAAACCUCGUCUUCUAGUCCUGACAGCCAAUUUCUGCACCCUGGGUCUAAUGAUAAACAGACUGAAAUCAGCUUCAGCAGGUCCAGUAAACAGCAACCAGCAACGCUUUUUCUCUUCUGCACUGCGUUUCCUGCGUGGGGCACUACAAGCUGGCGAGGGGGUGGGCCAGGCACAAGUCUCUGCUGUGUGGGCACCAUGGUGGGAGGAGGUAUGUGAGCUCUGGAGACUUAGUCUGCAGGCUUUGGGAGGCUGUGUGAAUGCUCAGCCCUGGAUAGCAACCCUAAUCAGAGAGGAGGGAUGGCUGCAAAACAUCCUCAACUUGCUAGAAUCCAGCUGUGGCCUUCCAGACACCCAUUCACAAGAGGCUCUGGAAGAGGCUUUGUGUGCCAUCGCUCACCAGUGUCCACCCUGUCGCCAAGAUAUUAACACAUGUAUGAAGAAGAAAGCUGGAGGCUCACUCCACUGCAUGACCCAGCUAAGGAAGCUUUUAAUGAGCUAAGAUCAUGGCUGUCUUAUACAUUGUUAUUAAUAUGGUUAUAAAAUGUGCUGUUUCUGGUGACAAACAUUUAUUAAUGUCAAAAGAAUUUCUAAAAUAACGUUUUGUGUUAAAUAAAAAGUAUUUUUGUUUAAA